UAUUAUUUGACUAGAAUCAAGUUUCUGACGAUUCUCGGACUGCGUGUGCCCCGUGCUCUCCAUGUGUGGAGUGACAUGCGGAGAGCAGUGGAAUCGUGCCGGGGGGUCUCUCCUGUGGUCCUGUGCGCCCUCCUGCUGCUCGGGGCCCGCUCCCACUGCCACCCCGCGGAGUCGCUCCCCGUUCGGCCGAGAGAUCGCCUGGGAUCUUUACGAGAAGGUGACCGUUGGAGCUUCAUCGGGAGCAGGACUAGGAGGGAGGCAAGAGAGUCAUACUGGGCCUACUCAGGGACAUACGGGCCGGACAGCUGGGCCUCCACAUACCCAGAUUGUCGAGAGAGGAAUCAGUCGCCCAUCAACAUCGACGACCAGGAUGCAAGGGUCUCUGUAGAAUAUCAAGAGCUCACUCUGGAUGGCUUUGACACAGAAUCAUCCAACAAGACCUCCAUGAAGAACACGGGCAAAACAGUGGCCAUUCUACUGCGGGAUGAUUACUUUGUGAGGGGCGCAGGACUGCCGGGCCGAUUCAAGGCGGAGAAGGUGGAGUUCCACUGGGGUCAGAGCAAUGGUUCAGCUGGCUCCGAACACAGCGUCAAUGGCAGGAAGUUCCCUGUGGAGGUUCAGAUCUACCUGUACAACUCGGAUGACUUUGACAGCAUCGCCGCAGCAAUUAAGGAAAAACGGAUGAUUGCCGCUAUGGCAGUGUUUUUUCAGGUGGGGCUGAGGGACAAUCCAGCGAUGGAACCCAUCAUCCGGGGACUGAAGGGCGUGGUUCAUCACGAAAAGGAAACCUUCCUGGAGCCGUUCACCCUGAGACGCCUCCUGCCGCCUUCCCUGGGGAGCUACUACCGCUAUACGGGCUCCCUGACCAUCCCGCCCUGCAGCAAGGUGGUGGAGUGGAUCGUCUUCAGUCGGCCCGUGUUCCUGUCCCAUCGGCAGCUGGAGGCCUUCUAUUCCAUCUUCACUACCGAGCAGCAGGACCACGUCAAGUCUGUGGAGUACCUGAGGAACAACUUCCGCCCGCUGCAAAACCUGGAUGGCCGGGAGGUCUUCAAAUCUGCAGUCAAAGACGCGUGGAUCCCAGACCUGUCCGAUGCUGGGGGAAACCCUUUCGGCACGGAGGCAUCCAAAGUGUGCAGCAGCGCGCCCAUCAACAUGAAGGUCCAGCCCCUGAACAAGACAGCGCUGGUGGUGAGCUGGACCUGGCCUCAGACCGUCUACCACCCUCCCAUCAUCAGCUUUGUGGUUUCUUACAGCUGGACCAAGAAUGAAGAGCCAUAUGAGAAGACCUUUACCAAGGACAGCAACCAGAACCUGGAGGCCAUCAUCACCAACGUGUCUCCUGACAUCCUCUACCUCUUCAGGGUCCAGGCUGUGUGUCAGAAGGACCUACGCAGUGACUUCAGUCAGUCCAUGCUGUUCACAGCAAACACUACGAGGAUAUUUGAAGGAACAAGGAUAGUGAAAACCGGAAUGCCCACAGCCUCUGCUUCUUCUGCAGACAUGGCUCCCAUCAGCUCAGGCUCUUCCACCUGGACUUCCUCCGGUCUGCCCUUCUCCUUCGUUUCCAUGGCAACGGGAAUUGGGCCAUCUUCCAGCGGCAGCCAGGCCACGGUGGCGUCCGUGGUGACCAGCACCCUGCUGGCCGGAUUGGGGUUUAGCGGCGGGGUCAUCACAUCCUUCCCCAGCUCCAUGUGGCCUACACGGGCACCCGUCUCUACAGCCAAGCCUGUAGCACCAACCUCCGAGCCAACAGGCUCCCAGGGCUCUGACACUGAUGUGACAGCAGUAGACAAGGAAGGUGUCCAGGAGGGCGAGAGGAAUGGGAAGGGUGAGGGUGAGGAUGAGGAGAAAGAGGGAGAGGAGGAGGAAGAGGGAGAAGAUAGCGAAGAUGACAAGACAAAGAAGGACAAGAAGGCUCUUGAGAAGGUGGAAAUACUGGCCAAUGGCACAGUGACCAAAGAGCACACCACAGUUGCCCCAAAAUCUACGGCAAAGGAGAAAGAUAUGGAGAAGUCUAUCAAGAACACACUGCUGGAGUACCCCACUACACCAUCUACUGUUGUGGAGGACCAGCUGCAGAAUGGCAGGAAAAACUCUGCAGAGGGCACAGUGCCCUUCUCCUGGGAGCCAACAGAAGACACACUUAAGAUCCUGAUUCCAGACAGCUCCACCCAAGGCACCAAGUCCAGAAGUGAUGAUAAGAACCACUGGCCUUUUUCCAUCCACACAGAGAGGAACAACAUCUACAACAUGACCAAGCAUCCCCUUAUCAUCUCAAGUAAGGUGGAGUGGGUCAUCCCCCUGAUGGUGGUGUCCAUGCUCACCUUCCUCUGCCUCAUCCUGCUGUUGGCUGUCCUCAUCUACUGGAGGAGGUUCUUCCAGACCGCCCACUUCUAUGUGGAAGAUAGCAGCUCCCCCCGCGUGGUUGCCCUCGAAAGCAUUCCCGUCGUCACCAUCCCGGAUGACAUGGACGCCAUUCCAGUCAAGCAGUUCGUCAAGCACAUCAUGGAGUUGUAUGCCAAUAACCAGCAUGGCUUCUCAGAAGAGUUUGAGGUUGUCCAACACUGCACAGCUGACAUGAAGAUCAUAGCUGAGCAUUCCAACCAUCCUGACAACAAGCACAAGAACAGAUACAUCAACAUCAUUGCCUAUGAUCACAGUAGGGUGAAGCUACGGGCUUUAGCAGGGAAAGAUGCCAAACAUAGUGACUACAUCAAUGCCAACUAUGUGGACGGCUACAACAAGCCAAAGGCCUACAUUGCUGCCCAGGGCCCACUGAAGUCUACCUUUGAAGACUUCUGGAGGAUGAUCUGGGAGCAGAACACAGGCAUCAUUGUGAUGAUCACAAACCUUGUGGAAAAGGGCAGGAGGAAAUGUGACCAGUACUGGCCCUCAGAGAACAGCGAGGAGUACGGAAGCAUUGUGGUGACGCUGAAGAGCACCAAGGUGCACGCCUGCUACACGCUGCGACGGUUCCUUGUGCGGAACACAAAAGUUAAGAAGGGUCAGAAGGGCAGGCACAACGAGCGCACAGUCGUUCAGUACCACUACACGCAGUGGCCUGACAUGGGAGUGCCCGAGUACACCCUGCCUGUCCUCACAUUCAUCAGCAGGUCCUCAGCGGCACAGAUGCCAGACAUGGGGCCAAUGGUGGUACACUGCAGCGCUGGCGUUGGCAGGACGGGAACGUACAUUGUUAUCGACAGCAUGCUGCAGCAGAUACAGGACAAAGGCACGGUCAAUGUGCUGGGGUUCCUCAAACACAUCCGCACCCAGCGCAACUACCUGGUCCAAACAGAGGAGCAGUAUGUUUUCAUCCACGAUGCCUUGCUGGAAGCUAUUCUGGGCAAAGAGACGGAAGUGCCGGUCUCCCAGCUGCACAGCUAUGUCAACAGCAUCCUCACGCCGGGCCCAGGUGGCAGGACACGCCUCGAGAAGCAAUUUAAGCUGGUGACACAGUGCAAUGCCCGCUACAUCGAGUGCUUCAGCGCCCAGAAGGACUGCAACAAGGAGAAGAACCGCAACUCCUCGGUGGUGCCCUCGGAACGAGCGAGAGUGGCCCUGGCACCGCUUCCCGGAAUGAAAGGCAGCGAUUAUAUCAACGCCUCCUACAUAAUGGGCUACUUCAGGAGUAAUGAGUUCAUCAUUACCCAGCAUCCCCUGCCCCACACAACCAAGGACUUCUGGCGGAUGAUCUGGGACCACAAUGCACAGAUCAUCGUCAUGCUUCCUGACAACCAGGGCUUGGCCGAGGAUGAGUUUGUUUACUGGCCGAGUCGGGAGGAAGCGAUGAACUGCGAGGCCUUCACCGUCACACUCAUCAGCAAGGACAGGCUGUGCCUCUCCAGUGAGGAGCAGAUCAUCAUUCAUGACUUUAUUCUGGAGGCCACACAGGAUGACUAUGUGCUCGAGGUGCGACACUUUCAGUGCCCUAAAUGGCCAAAUCCAGACGCCCCAAUCAGCAGCACUUUCGAGCUCAUCAAUGUCAUUAAGGAAGAGGCCAUGACUCGAGACGGACCAACCAUAGUGCAUGAUGAGUUUGGGGCUGUUUCGGCCGGGAUGCUCUGCGCUCUCAGCACCCUGUCCCAGCAGCUGGAGAGCGAGAAUGCCGUCGAUGUCUACCAGGUGGCUAAAAUGAUCAACCUCAUGAGACCUGGAGUUUUCACAGACAUUGAGCAGUACCAGUAUCUUUACAAGGCCAUGCUCAGCCUGGUCAGCACCAAGGAGAAUGGGUUGGGCCCCAUGUCCAUGGACAAAAAUGGCACUGUGGUAAUCAUGGACGAAUCGGACCCUGCAGAAAGCAUGGAGUCACUCGUGUGAAGGCAGAGAGCUGUGGAAGAGGCACUUAAUUUGUAAAAUUUCAAGGACUCGACAGACUUUUCUUGAGGCCUUUUUUUGCCAGACUCAUGGUUAAAUGAAAUAACCUGGUUACUUUUUUACACUGAGAAAAAAAAAAAAAAAAAGUUUUUUAUAUUUAUUUUUUGCCAUUUUUUGUCAAUGUUAAUCUACUGAGCAUUUGCACCAGUUUUUAAGUUCCCCGCGAUGAAACAGUUCUCUCUAGUUUGCACUAUUCUGUCAGUGUUACUGCCUUGUUAUAAUUAGAUAGACGAUACUCAUCGAGCCCCAAUUCGGCAUUCCACAGCGAACACUUCACUCGGUGAUUUUUUUUUUUUUUCUUCCCCAUUUUUUUUUUUUUUUUUAUUUGUUUAUUACAACUAUGAGAAGCACGAAAAUUGUGCCUCGGCCAACUUGGCUUGAGAAGGAAAUUGAAGAUGAUGUAGUUGAAAGCAGUUAACUCAGAGGCUUAGUAUAACAUAUAUCGGCUGCAUUACCAGGUCAUGGCUCAUUGCAUUUGAAGUUUAGUUUAUUUUAUAGGACAGCCAUGUAUAAUUAUUAAACUUGAGACGUUUAUCAUGUCGGUUUAUUGAAUAACAGCUAUACGGAAAAGGGUAAAUACUUUGCAUCAAUUGUAUUUUAUUUUAAUAAUCCAUUUGAGUGUAACCUAUAUUUUAAUUGUCUCAUCUCAGCUUCUUCACUGCUGCUUCUAAUGAGGGUCACGGUGCUUUUGUUUUUAAAAUUAAAAUGAUCGCGUAUGUAUGUGUAUAGCUUCCCAUUCAUAAUUGCUUGUGGUUAGUGACUUUGACUCAGCCUGUCAGUCAGUCCGUCCUCAGAGAACUGAAGACAUGCAGUAGAAGAUGUGAGACUUGGAGGUUCGGCUUAAUUUUUCACUUUAUUGUUGCUUUAUAGCUGUUGUUGCCGGCAGCCAGAGAGGCAACAAAGACCUUAAACGGUGAAACACCCGUGUGCUCUGACCAUUAUUUUGAACACAUGCACGGUUCAAUAGGACCAAUGUUAUAAUUUUCUUUCAGUUUUGUGAUGUGGGUCUUUCG